AUGGACAACCCUUUAAGUUCCGAGAACAUUCUCAAGCACAUGGCAAAUGCCAUCCCAACGCAUCCAAAGAAUGAUACCAGCUCAGACAUGAGUAGCUCAUACGAAGCGAUUGCAUUAUUCUCACACGCAUGCAUGAUUGCAGUAGGAUUCCGGCUAGUUGGAUUUAAGGAGGGACAGAAGAAGGCAUCAGAGUUCGAGUCGAUUGCGCCGAGGCUACACGCAGAUUGGAAUACCUCAUUCGGUUCACAUUCCUUCCUAUAUGCACACUCUCAUUCAUCGAUGGAAUAUGUUAUCAAGGUGGAUAGACUAGGAGGAAAGGCAGAAAUACGAGGAAUAGGAAUUGGCGAUGAGAAGAUAACCCGGUUAGAAGUUGUGGCAAAGGAUUAUAUCUCUUCAGCGGCACUUCCAUUACGAAUUACUUUGACAGAAUCUGGGGAUGAGGAUCGAUCAGAUCUCGAAACAAAACUCAAAGACAUAUUCAUUUCCCCUUCUCGAAUUCAAGACCUCGCAUCUCUCUUCCGAAUCAACAUAAUCUCAAAAUUAAUCCCCGGACUCAACAAAGACGGUUACGAAAUCGGCAACUCAGCCGGGAACGAAGCAAGUCAACAAGUACACGACCAACGAGAAGAAGAUCUAGCACGUAGAAGGCAAAACCGAGAUCCUGCAGACUCAAACCCCGAACCAGCACGCAUAUACCCAUUUUCAGACCCUCUCGUUCCAGCACCCCACCGUCGUCCUUUUCCCGAAGGCGAGAUGCGACCACCCGGAUUCGACGACGAACUCGACAUUCACCGUCCCCUCCGUGGCAUGGCCGCACCUCAUCCCAGCGCCCGCUCACCCUUCGGAAUAGGACAUGAUGAUCUCAACCCCCCAGGUCUCGGUCCAUACGACCCUUUGCGUGGAAGCUUUGUCGGCGGAGGCGGCGGGAUGGGGAUGGGUGGUGGUAUGCAUCCGACGUUCGAUGAUCCAUUAUUCGGCGGCGGAGGACAAGGACAAGGCCAAGGUGGUUGGAGACCGGGAAAUGCACCGCCGGGUGCGAGAUAUGAUCCUACGGGACCUGGAGGUGCGCCGAGGGGUGGUGCCGGUGGUGCGCCGCACAAUCCGUUUGGAGGGUUUGGGAGUGGUGAUUUUAUGUAG